AUGAACUCUCAGGCUGCAACUGAGAGGCUGAAAUAUAUGAUCAAAGAGUACAAAAUUCCUUUAGUUGCUCUUCAGGAACCUUUCAUAAAGGAAUCAAAAAUUGAAAGCUACAAAUACAAUCUUGGAAUGCAUGGGGCCUAUGCUAAUAAUAGUAACAAAAUCUGGAUCUUUUGGGGUAAUGAUAUUGAUUGUUCCAUUUAUUGCUCAGAAGACCAAAUGGUGGCUUGCAAAGUGGUUCUGAACUCUUCCCAACAGGUAUUUAUUUCAGUAGUAUAUGCUAAAUCAAGAACAGCUGGUAGAGAGGACCUUUGGAGAUAUAUGCGAGUAAUUGCUUCUACAAUCAAUGAACCAUGGGUUAUCUGUGGAGAUUUUAAUAGUAUUCUAUCUACUGAUGAGAAAAUGGGAGAUUGUGGUUUAAAAGAUAAUGGAUUCUCGGGGAAUAUUUUCACUUGGUCGAAUGAAAGAAAGGGCGAAGAAGUGAUAUGGAAAAGAUUAGAUAGGAUGAUCAGCAAUGAAAAAUGGUCUGAGGCUUUCGCCAUUUCGGAUGUUAUUCACUUACCAAGAGUUAACUCAGAUCACUGUCCACUUUUAAUAACUGGCAAGAAUUCUAGUCAAUCAUAUGUGAAGUACUUCAGAUUCCUAAAUUUCUGGACUGAAAUAGAAGGAUACCAAGAGAUUGAGCUUGAAGAAGGAGUAAUGAAGGAUGAAGAGAAAUACAUGGAGAGUAUGGAACAAGAGGAUAGAAUAAGCAUGAACAAAGCUAAGGCAGAACUGAUAUUACAACAUAAACAUGUGGAUAACUUUUGGAGGCAAAAAGCAAAUCUGAAAUGGAAUUUAGAAGGAGAUGAAAACACUAAAUUUUUUCAUUCUGUGGUGAAGGGCAGAAGGAAGUAUCUUCAUAUCAAUAGAAUCUGUGAUAAUGGAGUAUGUAUUGAAAGGGAAGAGGAGAUUGACAAUGCUGCAGUUCAGUUUUAUCAGAAUCUUUUUUCACAGCAGGACAACUAUAUUGACCUUGAUAUCCUUAAAUAUGUUCCUAUUGGCAUUAAUUCUGUUGAUAAUGAAUUUUUAUCAAAAAACCCCUCUGAAGAGGAGGUUAAAAAUGUUGUUUUGACAUUAAUCCAAACAGCCCAGCUGGCCCUGAUGGAUUCAGUGAUUGAUGCUCCUCAAACCUUUUCCGACUUUAGGCCUAUCAGUCUUAGCAAUGUCACUCAAAAAAUUAUUUCAAAAGUUUUUUCUGAAAGGCUUUCUACAAUUAUUCCAAAGAUUAUCUCCUCAAAUCAAAGUGGUUUUAUUAAAGGAAGGGCAAUUGGUGAAAAUGUCCUGUUAGCACAGGAAAUUAUUCAUGACAUGAAGCGACAGAAUAAUGGGGGUAAUGUUGCGUUUAAAAUUGAUAUGAAUAAGGCUUAUGACAGACUCUCCUCGUAUUUUUUGUGCGCUGUCAUGAGGAAAAUGGGAUUUGAUGAAAAAGUGAUUUUCAUUAUUUGGAAUAUGCUUGCUAACAAUUGGUAUAGUGAGGUUGUUAAUGGUAAGAGGCAUGGUUUUUUCAAGUCUCAAAGGGGGGUGAAACAAGGCGACCCUAUUUCACCUGCUUUAUUUAUAAUUGCUGCAGAAUCUUUAUCUUGCAUGUUAAAUGAACUGUAUAAUAAUCCAAGGUUCAGAGGCUUCAUUAUGCAAGCAACUGGACCUAAAAUCAAUCACUUAGCUUAUGCUGAUGACUUGAUAAUUUUUUGUGCAGGAAAAACUAAGACUUUGAAUCUAAUUAUGAAGGUUCUUGAGGAUUAUUCCACUAAUUCUGGACAGAAGAUCAAUGGAGAUAAAAGCUAUUUUAUAAUGGAUAAGAAGACUUCUAACAAGAGGAGCAGAAUUGUGAAGAAUAUUCUUCAAGUUCAAAGGCAAGAGUUUCCAAUUACCUACUUAGGAUGCCCUUUAUUUCAAGGAAGGAAGCUUAUUCAAUAUUUUGCUGAUAUGGCAACCAAGAUUAUCAAGAAGGUAAAUUCUUGGAAUUAUGGCAGAUUAUCAACAGGAGGGAAAUUUUUUUUGAUUAAACAUGUGCUUUCAGCUAUGCCUGUGCAUCUUCUAGCCAUUUGCAAACCUCCUAAAACUAUUUUCAAACAAAUGGAGCAAAUUUUUGCUAACUUUUUAUGGGGCAACAAUGAAAGCAAGAAUAAGUAUCACUGGGCUAAAUGGUUCAGUUUAUGUAUGCCUACUUUAGAAGGUGGUAUUGGUAUAAGGUCCCUGCAGGAUAUUUCAGAAUCUUUCUCUGCCAAGUUGUGGUGGCAAUUCAGAACGAAGGAGUCAUUGUGGGCAGAAUUUUUUAAGGCCAAAUAUGCUAGAAGAAUUCAUCCUGUGGCUAGGAAAUGGAGUUACUCACAAUCUCAUAAUUGGAGAAGGAUGAUGGAGAUUAAAAAGAAAAUUGAUCAUCUUAUAUUAUGGAGAAUCAAUAAAGGAAAUGCAAGUUUUUGGUGGGAUAACUGGUCUGGUUUAGGGGACCUAGCCCAGUUUGGUGAUGCUAAUACUUCGGUAAGAGGCACUGUGGCUGAAUAUAUUGUAGAUGGAACCUGGAACGUGGAAAAGCUCAAGAGAAAGCUGUAUGAGCAUAUUGUACACCAAAUCAGAGGAGUUACUAUUAACUCUCCCAGUCUAAAGGACAAUCCUAUUUGGACAGUUACAACAGAUGGGAGAUUUAAUUGUAAAUCUGCCUGGAAUACUGUGAGAAGGGCUCAGAAUCCCUCUUUGAUCAAUAAAAUGAUGUGGCACAAAAAAUCUCCAUUCAAGCUUGUGAUGGUAACUCAUAAACAAUUCCAAAAUGUGGAUCCUUACAUAAGUUGGAUGCAAUUCAUUAAGAUCAUAGAACAGGCCAAAACAUGUAUCAAAUCCUUCCCUGUUAAGUGGUCUUUUCCUGCUGAUGGUUGCGUGAAAUUAAACACGGAUGGGUGCUCAAAAGGAAAUCCAGGUAAUAAUGGAGGUGGAGGUGUAAUAAGGAAUAACAGAGGCUUUCUGAUUGCUGCAUAUGGAAUAAAUUUUGGAAUUACUACCAACAAUGUGGCAGAGGCUUUAGCUAUGAAAAUUGGAAUUGAUUGGUGCACACAAAAUGGAUAUAAAUGCUUAGAUAUAGAAAGUGACUCAAAGCUGUUAGUAGAUUGGAUAAUGGAUGAAUACAACCCCCCAUGGAACAUCAUAGACACUAUUUUGGAUAUAAAAAAACUCCUGGAACAGGCUGAUAGAUGGAGCAUAGCUCAUUGUUAUAGGGAAGGCAACAGAGUGGCUAACAGUUUAUCUAACUGGGGAUUAAACUUCAACUCGAUCACUUGGAUAACUGAAUUUCAUAAUCUUCCCAAAGAAGUGAAAGGAGAAAUGAAUAUGGAUAGAAUGCAGAUGCCAACAUUCCGGAAUAAUAUUAGUUCAAACUGUUGUAAUAUAGAUAGAAGGUUAGAUAGGAAUUAUUCUUUUGAUGUUCCUUAA